AUUGUGAUAGAAGUGCAAUCGCAGCUUGCGUGGUACGGCACCCAUCCCUACAUAACCCCACAUACCUAGUGCAUCGCGCAAACCAUGUGCAUUGAGUACGAUUUGUGGUUUUGACUAGUGAUACUGCAACUGAUCGGCGUUAUGGUGGAUCCACUGAAAAUAUUCUGGGUACUGACAAACAGCACUUAUUUAGUUACUAAAUUCAUCAAAACAGGUAUUGCCGACAAGAACGACUAUCCGCUCUAUUUCGAGAAGGUUAUUUAUGAGGCGGACAUCGACGAAAAUGUGGAAAUCAAUCACAACUUUCUUAACGUCACCGCAAAGACGCACGGUGAGGCGGCCGGUGUACGAUACAAGAUCUCGAGCGGUAACAUAGGCAACGUGUUUGCCAUACGCAACACCACCGGCGCCCUCUACGUAGCCAAGGCGUUGGAUUACGAGAAGAUCAAAAAGUACGAGCUACGGUUGACGGCAUCGGAUAAUUUUAAGGAGAACUACACCACCGUUCUGAUCAACGUACGAGAUGUAAACGACAAUCCGCCAGUGUUUGAGAAAUCGUCAUAUCGCACACAAAUCACCGAGGAGGAUGAUCGAGGUCUGCCGAAGCGUGUGCUGCGGGUCACCGCCUCGGAUGCCGACGUCGAACGGCCGAACAACAUCAUCUACUUCCUGACCGGGCCCGGUAUUGACAUCGAAAAUCCCUCCGACAGCAACUUCGACAUCAACAAGGCCACUGGGGAGAUAUUUGUGCUAAAGCCGCUGAACCGAGAUCCACCCCACGGACGGGCGUCAUGGAAGUUCACCGUCUUCGCACAGGACGAGGGCGGUGAGGGGUUGGUUGGGUUCACCGAGGUGCAGAUCAACCUGAAAGACGUCAACGACAAUGCACCACAGUUCCCGAACGGCAUCGCGUACGGUAAUGUGACCGAAAAUGGUACCAUCGGCAUGCACGUGAUGACAAUAAAGGCCGAAGAUUACGAUGACGUCAACGAAGGCACCAACGCAAAGGUGAUCUAUUCGAUCGAGAAGAAUGCCAUCGAGGAAGAUACGGGUCUGCCGAUCUUUGACAUCAAUCCCGAUACCGGCCUCAUCACAACCGCGGUAUGCUGUCUCGAUCGAGAAAAGACGCCCGAUUACUCGCUACAGAUUGUAGCGACCGAUGGCGGUGGCUUGAAGGGAACGGGCACGGCAUCGAUCAAGGUGAAGGAUCUGAACGAUAUGCCGCCCCGGUUUACCAAGGACGAGUGGUUUGUGGAGGUGGAGGAGACGGACGGUAGCGUGCUGCCGGAGGCGCCCAUUCUCACCGUGACGGUAAACGAUGACGAUGAGAUAAAUAAUUUCCAGUACAAGAUCAUUGAAAGCAGUGGCUACGGGGCAGACAAGUUCGCUAUGGUGAAGAACGCGGAUGGAACCGGUAGUUUGAAGGUAGUGCAACCGUUAGACUACGAGGACCCUAUGCAGAUCAAUGGGUUUCGCUUUCGGAUACAGGUCAUCGAUAACGAUGGAAUAGACGAGAGCGACAAGUACCAUGUUGAUCAUUCGUGGGUGAUUGUGAAGCUGAAGGACAUAAAUGAUAAUACGCCACGCUUCAAGAAACCACACAUCGAAGCGGCCGUGUACGAAAAUGCGGAGGUGGGGAAAAACUUGGGCACAUUCAAGGCGGUCGACAUCGAUAAGGGUGGCAAGAGUAAGAUCACCUACAGCAUCAACCGUUCCACUGAUCGCAAACGUCAGUUUGCUAUCAACCAGGAAGGCUCGGUGACGAUCCAACGUGAACUCGAUCGGGAAACGAUGUCGAAACAUUCGCUUGAAAUUCUGGCCACCGACGAUGGGGUCCCACCACGCACGGCGUCCGCCAUCUUGACCGUGCUGGUAAAGGACAUUAACGACAAUGCUCCCGUGUUUGCGGAAGAUUAUCGGCCUAUUUUGCUGGAAAACUCACCACCAUCGAAGAUUAUUGAAAUCUCCGCGAUCGAUAAGGACGAUCGUAUGAAGGGCAAUGGGCCACCGUUCCAGUUCCGCAUGGAUCCGGACGCGGACGAUGUGAUUCGCACCUCGUUCAAGGUGGAGCAAAGCAACAAAGGCGAUGGGAUGGCGAUCAUUUCUUCGCUGGGAUCGUUCGAUCGAGAGUAUCGCAAGCAGUACACGAUCCCGAUAGUCAUCAAAGACUCGGGAACGCCGCCGCAAACCGGUACCAGCACGCUCACGAUCACAAUCGGAGACUUGAACGAUAACAUUAUGCAGCCCGGCUCGAAGGAAGUGGUGGUGUACAAUUACCAGGGACAGGCGCCGGACACACCGAUCGGACGAGUGUUUGUGAACGAUCUGGAUGAUUGGGACACCUCCGAUAAGCUGUUCUACUGGGACGAGGCAGAGAAUCCGCGAUUCAAGCUGGACGAUACGUCCGGUAUGGUGACGAUGCGGCGAGGGGCUCGCGAAGGGCGUUACAAGCUACGGUUCAAGAUUUACGACCGAAAGCAUGCGCAGGAAUCGUACGCCAACAUGUCGGUGGUGGUGAAACACAUCUCUUACGAAGCGAUCGUUAACUCGGGAUCGAUCAGGCUCGUUGGUAUUACUGACGAGGAUUUCAUCAGGAUCUGGAACUAUCGCACGCAAAACAUUUUCCGCAGUAAGUUGGAAAGGUUCCGAGAAAAAUUGGCCGAGCUAUUGAACGUGGACGUCAAGAAUGUGGAUGUGUUUAGCGUACAGAUGAAGGAUAAAACCGUCCCUCUGACAGACGUACGGUUCGCGGUGCACGGUGCUUACUACUACAAAGCAGUACAGCUGAACGGAGUGAUACUGCUUCACAAGGAGGAAAUCGAACAGGACGUUGGCAUUAACAUCACGAUGGUGAAUGUGGACGAGUGUCUGCUGGAGAAUGCUGACUGUGCCGGUUCCUGCACCAGCAUCAUCGAGGUCCAAACGAACCCGUGUUUGGUAAACGCAAACAAAACCGCUCUGGUCGGAGUGCAGAUUAACUCUACCGCGGAAUGUGUCUGUAGCUCUCGAGAGUACAAACAGCAGCAAACUUGCAAGUCCCACCCUUGCCUAAAUGGGGGACGUUGCACGGAUUCAAAGUCGGGCAUCAAGUGUUCGUGUCCGCCGGGAUAUACGGGCCCACGCUGCCAGCAGGUGGUGCGUAGUUUCCGUGGUAGCGGUUGGGCCUGGUACCCACCGCUCGACAUGUGCGACCGUUCGCAUAUUAGCGUCGAGAUCAUCACAACGAAACCGGAUGGUUUGAUUUUUUACAACGGACCUAUUACUCCACCGAAGGAGGACGAUACAACGAAACAACUGUCGGACUUUAUUGCGCUCGAGCUAGAGCAGGGCUAUCCGCGGUUUCUCAUCGACUAUGGCUCCGGUACGCUGGAGCUGCGGAUCACUACAAAGCAUCCACUGAACGAUGGCGAAUGGCACCGGAUCGACCUGUUCUGGGACACGGAACAAGUGAAAAUGGUGGUCGAUUUUUGCAAGACGGCCGAAAUCACCGAAGCCGACGAUGGCAAUCUGGUGGAUUUUGUUGACCACACAUGCCAAGCGCUGGGCAAAGUGCCCCAGUUUAACGAAUAUCUUAAUCUCAACACACCGCUACAGAUUGGCGGAGUGUUUCGGGAUAAGUUCGAUUACACCUACAACCGUUGGCAGUACAUGCCGAUUGGGGUCGGAUUUGAGGGAUGCAUCCGUGAGUUCAAGCAUAAUGGAAUUCUGUAUGAUUUGUCUCAUCCGGGGCUAUCGAAGGGCAGUGCACCGGGGUGUCUCUACACGCAGGAAGUGUGCGAUCUAAACCCACAAAUUGCACGGUGUCUGGAGCAUGGAAAGUGUGUUGGUAGCUACGAUGAAGCCAAGUGUGAAUGUAAUCCUGGUUGGACAGGAACGUACUGCAGCCUGCCCACUACUCCUACAACCUUCAAGACGCACAGUUACGUCAAGUACGCGCUCAGCUUUGAGCCGGACAAGUUCACCACCCAGAUACAGCUACGGUUCCGUACGCGCGAAACGUACGGUGAACUGUUUCGCAUUAGCGAUCAGCAUAUGCGCGAGUAUGGGAUCAUUGAGCUGAAGGGUGCUAAGGUUUACUUCCGGUAUAGCUUAAACACGGGCCAGGUGGAUGAGCAGGAGGUUGCACUAACGGCGGUCGAGGUGGACGAUGGGCAGUGGCACGUGGUGAAGGUGCAGCGAUACGGCUCGGCAGCUAUCCUGGAGCUGGAUGGUGGUGAGGGAGCCAACUUCAAUCAGAGCUUUUCCUUCGACGGCCAUCAGUGGUUGUCGGUCGACAAGCAGGAGGGUGUCUUUGCUGGUGGCAAGCCGGAGUUUACCGGUGUAAAGACGUACGAUGUUAAAUCUGACUAUCAGAAGAGUUGCAUCGAUGAUAUAAGGUUGGAUGGCAAAAGCUUGCCACUCCCGCCGGCCACCAACGGUACGCAGUGGGGUCAAGCCACGAUGGCAAAGAACAUCGACCGAUACUGCUCGUCCAACAAUCCCUGCCAGAACGCAUACUGUCCGGAUCCGUUCGAGUGUGUCGACCUGUGGAACAAGUACGAGUGCGCUUGCGGUGAUGGUAUGAUCAUUUCACCGGAAGGCAAAACCUGCAUCGACCGUAACGAGUGUCUGGACUAUCCGUGUCUGAAUGGUGGCACUUGCAUCAACCAGGAGCCCCGCCUGAAGUACAAGUGCAUCUGUCCGGACUCGUACUGGGGCGAGAGUUGUGAGUUUCUAAAGGAACGACAAGCGCUUAAAUUCAGCACCAGUGCCUUGGCCGCCGUAAUAGCCUGCCUAUUACUGAUCAUUAUUUUGCUGUUUGUAUAUUUCUCCUGCUCUCGGCGUCGUUCGGCCAACUUCAACAAGAAACCGGCCACCAAGGACGACAUCCGUGAGAACAUCAUCAACUAUUGCGACGAGGGCGGUGGCGAGAACGAUAUGACGGCGUUCGACAUGAAAACGCUCAAAAUCCCGAUCGGCCCGCUGCCGGAGCUUGUCCAACAUAAGGCACCGCCAGUACGUCCAGAUAUUGCCGUCGUGUCCGACCAGGUCGUCGGCAAGGUGGACGUGUUCCUGGACGACCGGAAGCGACGCGUCGACAUCGACCCAGCCUCCGGGCCAUUCGACGAUCUGCGUAACUACGCCUACGAAGGUUGUGGGAGUACCUCUGGCUCGCUAAGUUCCUUACAGUCAGGUACGGACGAUGAACCCCAUGAGUAUAGCUUUUUAACCACAUGGGGUCCCCGUUUCGAUAAGUUAGUCAAUAUAUACGAACCAAGCAAAGCGCAAAUCGAAGAUGACGAUGUUAGUUAAAAGUAGCUGUCUCGCGGUAUCCCCGGGUGUAUAGGUCCGUAAACCCGAAGG